UCAUAUCGAAGAAAACUCAGUUAGAGCUAACAAGAGUUAGACAUCUCCUCUUGUUUCCUUCUUCAUUUAUUCGAUAAUCACAUCCAAAAGUAGAAAAAUAAUCGAGAACUCAUUUACAAAACAAUCAAAUGGCUCUCAACGUACUGGCUUUUACAUUUGGAAUCAUGGGGAACAUCAUAUCGUUCAUCGUUUUCUUGGCACCAGUUCCAACUUUCGUCAGGAUCUACAAGAAAAAAUCGAUAGAAGGUUUUCAAUCACUUCCCUAUGUCUCAGCGCUCUUUAGCGCAACGCUAUGGAUUUACUAUGCUAUGCAGAAAGAUGGAUCAGGCUUACUUCUGAUUACCAUAAACGCCGUGGGAUGCUUCAUCGAAACCAUCUACAUCAUACUCUUUAUUACCUAUGCUAACAAGAAAGCUAGAAUUUCAACUUUGAAGGUUCUUGGGCUCUUGAACUUCUUGGGUUUUGCCGCUAUUAUCCUUGUCUGUGAGCUCUUGACCAAAGCAUCGAACCGUGAGAAGGUCCUUGGAGGGAUUUGCGUCGGGUUUUCCGUUUGCGUUUUUGCAGCUCCUUUAAGCAUCAUGAGAGUGGUGAUACGAACAAGAAGUGUGGAGUUUAUGCCGUUCUCUCUAUCAUUGUUUCUUACACUCAGCGCCAUAACGUGGCUCUUCUAUGGUCUUGCUAUCAAAGACUUCUACGUUGCACUUCCAAACAUUAUGGGUGCGUUUCUCGGAGCAGUUCAAAUGAUUCUCUACGUCAUAUACAAGUACUACAAAGCUCCAAAAACUGACGACACGGAGAAACCCAAAACGGUGCAGGAUCACUCAAUCGAUAUGGUCAAGCUUGCAACAACUCCAGUUUCGGGUGAGAUGAUAGUUCAUCCUCAAACUCAUGGUGGUGGUGAUUUGGAGGGUCAGAUGGAAACGAAAGUGUCAAACCAAAUCCAAACCUAAGCAGCUUUUUCAUAUUAGUGAUUUUAUCAAUGCUGUACUGUUGAGUCGUGUUUCACUAGAUUGUACUUUGUUGCUUUUCUUUGUCUUUUCUCCCAUCGUAUUUAUUUCGAAUUAUAUCGAAAUUUGUGUUAUCCUUCAAAAGUAUGUACGCAUGUUUUAGUUCUUGUAAAAUAGUUCUGAUGUUAAAUACUUGAAUCGAUCCUGGUUUGGCUAAUGAGGAAAGG